AGGUGGGGGUGAAGCCAAGAUGGGCAUUAGUUAUGUGAAAAACCCCACAGCAUCUUCUAAGCAUAUUGGCAGUUCUCUUAAAGAUAUAAAUAUAUUCUUGGAGGCAUUGUCAGCUUCACUUGAUGGCUACUGCUGGUUGAUAGGCCAAGGAAUAGUGCCAGCAUCAAAACUUUUGAAUCAUUCAGAAAUCCAACUUUUCUCUGCUACUACAUAUUUCAUAAAUGAGAUGGCCAUCCUUACUGUCAGUGAAUAUAUGAAAAAUCAUGAUACCUUUCAAAAUGCAGUUGCUACACCGUAUGAAACAGAAGCCACAGCUAAGCUCAAGUGUACUGUUAUAGUGAGGUUACUGGACUUUGUGAGUGUUGUACUACAAGAAGGACCCAAGGUUGCUUCUCUCCUAAGCCAGCACUCAGUCUGGUCACCAACUAUGUUCAGUCUUUUGACUAGCUGCACUCUUGACCCUGCUAGUGUUGGAUUUAACAUCAAAGACACUGAAGUCAGUAAACAUUUGCCAUCACGUUUAGAGGAAAUUCUGGGAAUUAUGGCCCGUAGAGGACCCUCUGAAGUAAUUAAGGAAUACUCUGACUACCUGGAAAAACAAUUACAGAAGCCAGAGAAUGACAUAAUUAAAAUGUUACCAUUGUCAUUAUCUGAGACUGCACACAUCAGCCUCAGAAGCAGACAUGUCAUUGAAGGUGUAGGAGUCUUGGAAAAAAGUGGAUGGCUUGCAAAAUGCAAUGUGGUCAGUUACUCCAUAGCAAAGGAGUUAGUAGACUGGUUGUGUGGGAGUAUAUUCAAGGAGCAGAAUUUGACGGUGUCCGGUAUAUCUCCCCAUCCAAGUCUACUGAAGUUUUUAUAUGCUGUAAUGCAAUUGGCCAUUACACUUGAUCCAAAGGUGAAGCAUCACCUUCUUAGCUGGGCCACCAACAACGACACUGUCACUGGAACUAGUGGGCAGGAGGUAGAAAAGGGAUCACAUGUUCUCAGUGUUCUCGGACCCAACUUGAUUCCCCACUUCCUUGAAUCCCCUGAUGAUGCGUUGUCUCGGUGCGUUGAAAUGAUUCGUGAAGGAAGAUUUCUGCCUGCCAUGGGAUUUGCUUCUGCUCUCCUCACCUGUCUCAUUAGGAAUGCUGACAUUAGGAAAAGGCAUUCAGUCAAAGUUGUCCAAAGUUUCCUGAAGCAUUGGCCAACACUUGCAGCUCAGGCGGGCAAGACAAGCCUUCACCAAGAUUCGGUUCUUGGUCUGCUUUCAUCCCUCUUCCUGAUUGAUCGCGAGGGCAUAAUAAAAGGCCACUGCACCAAUUCAAGGUCUGAUAUUGUUGUAUUUUACAAUGGUAGCCUGGCAGAUGCAAAGGUAGAACUUCAGGCCAAGAUAAAAGUACUGAAGCUGCUCCCCUUUUUCUUCGCAAUGGGAGAGGACAUUGCAAAGUCUGUCAGUGAAGCCAUGGAAAUGCUGAGCCUGAACCACUUUCCUCUUCAUUCAACGGAAUUUCCUCAAGGAGGAGCCCGAGAUCGCGAGUAUCAGCAAGCGCUCUGUGAGAUUUUAACAGCCUUAGAAUUGUCACUGUCUCCCAUACUUCUCCGGUUUGUUAUCAACCUUUUCUGUCGAGAAGAUAAACACCGAUAUGAAGAGGCAAUGCAUGAGUCCUUGGAGAAAUUUAUGAAAAAACUGCCAUUACUUAAACAGCAAGAAACUUUGAAACAUAUUUACGAUAUGUACAAUGAUCCUUUGUGUGUUAAGCAAAAUCUAAGAUACAACAUAAUGGACCUUGUUUUAACUCCACUCCUCCAGCAAGCCGAAGCAGUUCCAACACAGAAUUUCUUACUAAGUGUGAUUAGUGCCGUCAUGGCUGGUAUGUCGGCCCCAGUACAAGGACGAUCAGACGAACAGCACAAAACUCUCGUGACUAAAGUUGGAAGCUUCAUGAUUUUGCAGAUUAUGUAUUCCAAGUUGCCACGUGAGAAGCUCUUUGCCCCUGGUUCAGAGAUCAAUGCAGCUUUUCGUCCUGGCGACCAAUCAGGAAAGGAGCUAACAAAGGAGAUUUUUCGUUAUGCAGCCAAGAUCUCCAAAGGUGAACUCCGUCAUGACCAAACACAUGGCGAGCUAAGAAGAUUGUGUGCUUGUGCAGCAUACAAUGCUAUUAUUGCAGUUCUGGCAUGUGUCCAGAAUGAUCUGAGGUUUUAUACAAAUUUUUUGUUUUCUGCAAAUCCCACAAAGGGAGAAGUGAUUUGGGAAUGUUUGGUCGACUGCAGUAAGAAGUUGGAGUUUGAUGUUGAGAUAAACUUCAAGCCAACAAGCAAAAAGAGAUUUGUUGCAGUGAGACAGAAAUUGAGAGAGGCUGCCCGUGAAGAAGGGGUUGUAGCUGCAGGGACAGUACAGUACAUGGCAUCACACUACUUAUCUGACAGCAGUUUACGAGAAGAUAUGAGCCAGUUUGACUUCAACAACUCUGUCGUCCUCGCAAUGUCUCAGACGGAAAGUUCUUCAGAAAGAGUGGCUGCUGCAAAUGAAAUGGGAGGUGUGCUUCUGCCUGUACACAUGGACCAAAGUGACUAUAAUGGCCAUGAAGUCAUGGCAAACUUGACAGCUGUCAUAAACCACAUGGUGGAUGCAGAGAUCAUGGUUUUACAUAAAGGGGACACCGUGCCCAAGGCAACAGAUGUACCCCAGUGGAUGACCCUAGUGCAACAGAAACUUGACGGUUCUGAUACUCCCCGAAAUGUAAAACUUUUCCUUCUCCGUGUCAUGAUGAACAAUGCAAGGAUUUUUGAGCCUUAUGCUGCCCAUUUUGUAUCUACCAUCUUAACGUGCUUGGUAGAUGGAACCAUAGGAGAUAAGAUUAAUUAUUUCUUCUGUGAUGUUAUGGUGAUGGUGAUGGGAUGGGGUUCCAAAGCUGUGCCAGAGGAUACUGUAAUGGGAAGGAAUAUCGUUAGCCGUGUCUUGCGGUACCUUUGCAUGAACACUCCACAGACUAGAGCAGAUAUUUUCAAGUAUAAUCUUGAUGUUGUAAGGUCUGUGGUUGAGUGUUGGAAGAGUCUACUGACAGUUCCAUACACGGUAAUUUAUUCCCUGAUGGAAGUUAAAGAUGGGGCGGAGAGGGAAGUUGAGGCUGGCUUGCAGCUCCUGGGAAUCAUCUUGGCCAAUGGACUUCCUCCUUACACGGUUGAUUCGGAAACUGAGAAGAAAAGAUGUGAGUCUCUUGUGAUCAAGCUUCUAGGUGCACACUAUGCCAGUGUGUAUGGAGCUGCUGCUGAAGUUAUGGGCCUCAUCCUAAAGUAUGCGUCUCAGGAAGAAGGUUCAGUUGAUGCACUAGAGGAUGCAGUGGUUAAGAGGGUAACUGAAUUGACAGUCAGGAUGCAAGGGCAAGGGCUGACAUGUGUCUACAAAUAUCCAUAAGCAUUAUCCUUCUUUU